AACACGCACCCCUUCAGAAGCUAACGGUGUGCAGCUCCGCAGUCACUGACAACAACAUAACACUGUCCAGACAGAAUUUAACGUGUUUUUUUUUGCGGUAGUUUGAAAACUGUGACAUAAAUAGUUUGUUUAAAGGUUUGUCUUGAGUCUCGUGAAUAAUUUAACUUGUGACAAGGAGCGUUAUAAAACUGUGGACUCAGUAAAGACUGUGAUCCACCGUGGUUUGUCUUCACCGUAGAAACUACACCUGUUAGCCUCUCCGGCUCGUUUCACGAUGAAUGAAGAAGAGCUGGUGGAGUAUUUCAGGGCUCAGAUGAGGAAAGAUCCGGACAUAGCCUCUGCUGUGGCCGCUAUCCGCACUCUGCUUGAAUUCCUCAAGAGAGACAAAGGUGAAACUAUCCUGGGUCUGAGGGAGAGCCUGAAGUGGGCCACAAACUGCCUGACAGGAGUGGACUCCUCUGUGGCCGUGUCCUCAGGAGGAGAGCUCUUCCUGCGUUUCAUCAGCCUCACAUCACUGGAGCACCAGGAUCUGUCGCGCUGUAAGAAGGUGAUGGAGGAGAGAGGAGAACUGUUUCUAGAGAAGAUCUCAAUGUCCAGGACCAAAGUUGCUAAACUCUGUCACACCUUCAUCAAAGAUGGCACCAAAAUCCUGACUCACUCCUACUCCAGAGUCGUGCUCAGAGUGCUGGAAAAAGCUGCAGCGGAGAAGAAACGCUUCUCUGUCUAUGUGACUGAAUCGCAGCCUGACUCAGCUGGGCGACAAAUGGCCGAAGCCCUGAGAAAACUCAAUGUUCCAGUAACGGUGGUCCUGGAUGCAGCUGUGGGGUAUGUCUUGGAGAAGGUAGAUCUAGUUAUUAUUGGUGCAGAGGGAGUCGUGGAGAGCGGAGGAAUCAUCAACAAGAUCGGCACUUAUCAGAUGGCGGUUUGUUCGAAAGCUCACAACAAGCCCUUCUACGUCGUGGCGGAGAGUUUCAAGUUCGUCCGUCUCUAUCCGCUCAACCAGCAGGACGUGCCGGAUAAAUUCAAGUACAAAGCAGACACCCUGAAGACAGUCCAGAACCUGUCAGAGGAGCAUCCGAUGAUUGAUUACACACCUCCCUCCCUCAUCACCCUCCUCUUCACUGACCUGGGAGUCCUCACCCCGUCCGCCGUCAGCGACGAACUCAUCAAGCUUUAUUUAUAACUCCGUGCCUCACAAUUCUCAAAUAAAAAUCUUAUGAAAAGCUAAACA